UCACAGCGGACCGUUUGGAAUUUCGUUGUGUCUAAAAGUAGAGUUGAGCGAGAGACAGACUUGCCUUUUUCUCUUCUUGAAAAAACAAGAAGCUCAGUAGUCAUGGCGGUUCAUCUGAACUGGUCUCUACCGACUCAGUCUUCCCUCGCUUUCCUCCAUCGGACCUUCCACAAAGCUCCGGCUCCGCCUAGACUCCUCUGCAUCCUAUCUCAGAAGCUCAGCUCCGGUUCUGGAGAUCCAUUCCUUUCUAAUGCGUCCGGGUUCGGACCUAGGAAAUCCGCGAAUUUGGAUAGUCCAGAAGCUUUGAUCGGAUCUUCCGGUUCUUCUUCGUCUUCUUCAUCGUCGUCUUCGGCUAUUGAUUUCCUCGAAUUGUGUCUUCGGUUCAUGACCAAAGAAAGAAAGGGAUGGAUCAAUCGUGGGCUGCAAGAUCCGGAGUCUAUUGCUGAUUAUAUUUACCGUUUCAUGGCGAUGACUGCUGGUGACCUUCAUGGUGUGAACAGGGAAAGGUGUAUUAAGAUAGCAAUUGUGCAUGAUAUUGUAGAAGCUAUUGUUGGAGAUAAAAAAUCAUACCAUUACAUCUCUGAAAGAGAAAUGAGGAGAUGGAAGCAAUCAGCUUUGAGGGAAAUGCAUGAAGUUUUUGGUGGACAGAUGACAGUUGAAGAGUUUAAAGAACUUUGGGAGGAGUAUGAAAAUAACUCUUCCUUAGAGGCUAAUCUUGUAAAAGAUUUUGAAAAAGUUGAACCGAGUUUGCAAGCACUGGAAUAUGAAAUGGAACAUGGUAAGGUGCUGGCUGUGCUGGAUGCGCAUUUCCUUUCACUCGAAGGAAAAUUUCAGACUGAGAUAGGAAAAAGUUGGGCAGCUGAGAUCACUUCAAGGAGAAAUUUUUGGUUGGGAAACUGCCCGAACUGAUCCUCUGGCUCAAUCACAGUUUUCGUUCGGCAAAGCCAAGAUGUCUUUUUGAAACUAAAUCAUGUAGCAUUCUCCUCUAACGAGAUAAUGUCCUCCUUAUUCACCUCUUUUUGUCCUGGAAUAUGGGAGAAUGAAUAAUUGGACUUGCACUCCAAAGCAAUUGAAACACAGUUCAAUGAUCAGCAACCAAACUAUUGAAACUGUCAGAACUUUGAAAUCGGAGCACUCGGCCCCGUCCCUCCCCGUCUCGGCUCAAGCCCUCAAGCGAGCAUGUUGCCUCGGAAAAACGUGCCAAUGGCCAACGUCGCGGCUCAUCACGGGGGGCUCACCCAUGCCUCCCGCCCGACGUUGCCCAUCAAAAGGCACACAGAUGUCCCUCACCCCAUGCUACGAGUGCCCUCCUCGUGCACUCUGCCCUGUCUCAACUAGUCGAGGAGCCAUCAAGCCCUCGAGCGAGCAUGUUGCCGAGGAAAAACGUGCCAAUGGCCAGCGUCGUGGCUCACCACGAGGGGCUCACCCAUGCCUCCCGCCUGACGUUGCCCAUCAAAAGGCACACGGAUGCCCCUCCCCCCAUGCAACGAGUGUCCUCCUCAUGCACUCGGCCCCGUCUCGACUCGUCUAGGAGCCCUCGAGCGAGCAUGUUGCCUCGGAAAAACGUGCCAAUGGCCAACGUCGCGACUCACCACGGGGGGCUCACCCAUGCCUCCUGUUCGAUGUUGUCCAUCAAAAGGCACGCAGAUGCCCCUCCCCCCAUGCAACGAGUGCCCUCCUUGUGCACUCGGCCCCGUCUUAGCUCGUCGAGGAGCCCUCAAGCCCUCAAGCCCUCGAGUGAGCAUGUUGCCUCGGAAACACAUGCCAAUCCACGAGGGGCUCACCCAUGCCUCCUGCUCGAUGUUGCCCAUCAAAAGGCACACAGAUCCCAUCCCCCCCCCCCCCCCCCCCCCCAUGCAAUGAGUGCCCUCCUCAUGCACUCGGCCCUGUCUCGGCUCGUCGAGGAGCCCUCAAGCUCUCGAGCGAGCAUGUUGCCUUGGAAAAAUGUGUCAAUAACCAACGUCGCAGCUAGCACAUAGAGGUAUUAUAUCUUGUUGUGGUAUCAUAGUACAGAUGAUCUCUUUUCCUUUUUAUCUUCCCUGUUAUCCUUACAUUGAUCAAAGAUGGUGUCACUUUAAUGACCGUUUUGUACUUCAACAUAAUAGCAGUGGGAAAUUUUCAUUCUACUUCCAACUUCAUUGCCUUUUUAUAUUCAUAUUUUACAUAAUGAUCUGAGUAACGCUGGUGUUUAUAGUAACAGUUGCAGUGGAGCUAAGUUUCUAAGUUUGUUGUCUCAUGUGUUCCAUGAGAGGCUCUCUCUAACUGCAUAACCCGGUGAUGAAAGAGAUGUCCGGAUGGGUGGGCACAUGGAAGAGGGACAUCAAACGAUUGAUGAUUUCCUACGUAUUGGUUCUAAUUCUUGGUGCCUGCUGUUGAGAUGUGUCUUAACAGUGAUUUCUCUGUUGGGGCUCAGCUGAGGCUGCUGGAAAUGUUGCUUAUUCUAUUAUAUGUACUAUUGAGAUCUUCGAAAUCUUCAUUCCAUGCACCUACAAAGGAUGCCAGAAGACGGCAACAUUCUCUCCAAUGAGGUCGGUAAACCAAUCAUUUUGAAUC